ACGUGAGAUCUGCGCGGAAUGCGGACCCACCGCACUACGUGACGGAAGAAUGCGGCGUUGCGCUUGUUGGAGUGUCGUCGUCAAUUCACCAGUCGUUGCAACUUGUAGUGUAAACACUCAGUAGUGUAAACAGUGGCUAUCCAAACCUCAACUGAUAAACUGUAAUCUCGUAUCACGUGUUCUCUGAGAAAAUAUAUUUUCAAUAUAUAACCCGUAUUUUAGGGAAUGUCAUUAAUAACUUAUUUUAACGUAAGAAACAAGUGCAAAAAGGUUAUACAUUAUCUGCCAAGAAAACGUUAAGGAGCUGAAUAACAGAAUUGAAAAUUAAUUAAAGUUCUUCCACAUUUCUUCAAGAAAUUGUGAUGGAUUUUCUUAUGUUUGUGGGACUGGUGACAGUAGUAUAUUUUAUGGUUUAUGUAGCUGCAGUUUGCCUUUCAGACUGUGAUUUGGAGUUGAAGUGGAAUGAAAUUUUUGGAAAACCUGUUGGAUCUUUAGUUGGGAAAGUCAUCUGGAUAACAGGUGCUUCAAGUGGCAUUGGGGAAUCCCUAGCUGUCAUCUUGGCAAAACAUAAUGUCAAACUUAUACUGUCAGCACGAAGAGAGAAGGAACUGGAACGAGUGAAACAGAAGUGCCUUGAGUGGGGAAAUCUUAAUCCACAUGAUGUACUGGUUCUCCCUUUUGAUGUCACUGCAGUGAACACACAUGAUGAUACUUUCAGUAAGGUUAUCCAUCACUUCGGUAAGCUGGAUAUUCUUGUGAACAAUGCUGGUAGAUCACAGAGAGCAAUUUGGGAAGACAUUGAUCUGGGAGUGGAUAAAGCUGUAUUUGACAUUAAUGUAUUUUCAAUAAUCUCCCUGUCACGUAUUGCAGUGAAAUAUUUUCUGAAGAGAGGGGAAGGACACAUAGCUGUAACUUCAAGUUCUGCUGGAGUGUUUGGUGUACCAUUUUCAGGAUCAUACACUGCAUCAAAGCAUGCUUUACAUGGAUACUUCAACUCCCUCCUGAGUGAGAAGAUGGGAAUGAACCUACACGUCAGUUUAUUAUGUCCAGGUCCCACAUUCAGCAACUUUCUUUCUGAAUGUUUCACUGGCAGGCCAGGUGAGAAAUUCAACAAGGCAGUAAGCAAGGAUGAUAAACGUAUGACAACAGAACGCUGUGCUCAUCUUUGUGCUGUUGCUCUUGCCAAUAAACAGUGUGAGGCAUGGAUGGGUAUAUUUCCAAUCAUACCUCUACUCUAUCUGUUGUAUUUUCCCAAUGUGGGGAAGUUUGUUUGGAGGCGCCUUGGACCAAAGUGGCUGUUAAAAUUGAGAGACAGCAAAGAGUCAAUUAAAACAGAAUAGUGUUGGGGACAAAGUAACUACAGUAGAGAAAUAUUUUUAGGGCCUGUAAACAAGAGAAAAAUAAUGUAACUAAGUAAAAAGGCAUAAUUGUAUUUUGUGUAAUAAUCAGGAAGACAAUAUAUUAUGCAUUAUAUUGUCCUGAAAGCAAAUAAUGGAAGGAGUUAAGGUAACCAUUAUCUUUUUUGUUUGCCAAUUUAUUACGUAUUGUUUAUUAUGACUUGUGUCUACCUCACUGCUCCUUUUUUCAGUAUAUACCAUUUUAUUGCAAUUAGAGUGUCUGAAUAUAGUUACAACUGUAACAAUAUUUAAAGGUAAUCAAGACUUGUCCCACCCAUGAAUGGAUAAGAUAUUAUGCAGUUACUACUCUCAGAUGGAAAAGCUUGUAAUGUUGUACAGUCAAUGAAAAUUUUAUAAAGUUAGAAGAAAUGUGACAAACCAAAACUUAUGGGUUAUUUGUAAAGGUCAUUGUACAAACACCAAUUUGUGUCUUGCAGGCCCAUAUUUAACAUAUCAUAUUUUUAAUAAGUCCUACUUUUUAUUAUAUUUACUUCAGUGUCUGUAUUGCUGGACAUUUAAUAAAGAUAAAUUAUGGGUCAGUAACCAUUAA